AUGGGCGACGACGGUGGCGGAAGCCACUCUGGUCAAGUGGACUCGAAGCUUCGUCGAAGAGCGUACAUGCGCAACAUGAUGAAGAUCUACCGCGACGAGUUCAAGCUCGAAAUGGCGUACCUUUGCGAGAGAGAGAAGCAGCUGGAGGAAAACUUGCGCGGCAUCCUCCACGAACGGCGGCAAGCGUCCAUGGGUAGUGUGACAGCGCCGUCGGGACAGCAAAAGACAACCGAGUACCAUCGCAUUCUGCGCGACAUGGAAGCCUGGGUAGCGCAUCACCAGUCCAUUCCAUCAUCCUUGAACGCAUGCGUAUCCACAUGGCGAGACAUGACGUUGCUGGAGCACCCUCCAUCACGGGACCUCGGCAAAGCGUGGAUCACGCGGCAAAUGUACCACAACUCGAAUCGCAUGUUCCAUCAGUACCAGUUUCCCAGCACGACCUCAUCCCACGACUUGUACGACGUCGAAGUCGUGACAUGCCCCGACACUGGAGCCCUUGAGUACGUCCAUCGCCGACAGUUCGACAUCGCCCUUCCGGCGUCGUUCCUGCUGCAAAU